AUGGGUUCCGAUUUGGAUCAUGUAACUGCUCUUAUUAAUAAGUUAGCUCUUGAGUUUAAAGUUCGUGAUAUGGGGCUGCCUUCCUUUUUUAUGGGUAUUCCGUUGUCUGGAGGCAUGCUUUUGUCUCAACAACGGUACAUGAAGGAUAUUCUCAAACGACCAGGUAUGGUGGAUUGCAAACCCGUGGCCACACCGGUUUCGAAUGCCAAAGCCGUGGAUGACGCCGCAGUUCCAUAUGCUGAUCCCACUCAGUAUCGCAGUCUUGCUAGUGCUCUACAGUAUCUUACGGUAACCCGUCCUAAUCUCUCUUACGCGGUUAAUCGUUUGUGUCAGCACAUGCAUUCUCCCACUACUGUGGACUGGGCGGCACUGAAGAGGGUGUUGCGGUAUGUUAAUGGGACACUUAAUCUUGGUCUUCAUAUAUCCUCUUCUGCCUGUCUUGACAUUCAUGCGUAUUCUGACUCGAAUUGGGCUGGCAAUCCUGAUGACCAGAAGUCGACUAGUGGUUUUGCUGUGUUUUUGGGAAGCAAUCUUAUAUCUUGGGUGUGUCUGAAACAGCAUACCGUGGCUCGUUCCUCGAUUGAAGCUGAGUACAAGGGGCUAGCUGAUGUCUCUGCUAAGGUCACUUGGCUUGUUUCUCUGAUGAAGGAAAUUGAUUUUCCACCAACUUCUGCGCCUAAGCUCUGGUGUGACAACCAGGGAUCCACUUACUUAUGUGCUAAUCCGAUAUUUCAUGCCCGCACGAAGCACAUUGAGACCGACUAUCACUUUGUUCGCGAUAAAGUGGUUAAGAAGAAAUUACAGGCUCACUUUAUUUCAACUAAAGAUCAUAUCGUGGAUUACUAA